GUCAUUUCGGAGGUUUGUGUGUUGGGGCCUAGGCCCCCCAGUGAUGUCCUGCUCAGACCCAGGCCCCGUGCAGCCUGCCUCCCCCCCCACACCGGGCUGCUGGCCCCAGCUCCUGUGCUUAGAGCCUGGAGGAUACUGGAGCCAUCAUGGCGGAGGAAGCAGAUGUGGACAUUGAAGGGGAUGUGAAUGAGUGCAGCAGGGGGUGAGGAUUGAUACCAUGGGCUCUAUUAUUAUUAUAUUAGAAUUUAUACCAUGGGCUCUAUUAUUAUUAUAUUAGAAUUUAUACCAUGGGCUCUAUUAUUAUUAUAUUAGAAUUUAUACCAUGGGCUCUAUUAUUAACAUUAUAAUUAUAUUAGAAUUUAUACCAUGGGCUCUAUUAUUAACAUUAUAAUUAUAUUAGAAUUUAUACCAUGGGCUCUAUUAUUAACAUUAUAAUUAUAUUAGAAUUUAUACCAUGGGCUCUUUUAUUAUUAUAUUAUUAUUGUAAUUAUAUUAUUAUAUUAGAAUUUAUACCAUGGACUCUUAUUAUUAUUUUAGAAUUGAUACCAUGGGCUCUAUUAUUAUUAUUAUAUUAUUUUUAUUAUAUAAGAAUUUAUACCAUGGGCUCUAUUAUAAUUAUAUUAUAAUUAUUAUAUUAGAAUUUAUACCAUGGACUCUUAUUAUUAUAAUUAUAUUAUUAUUAUUUUAGAAUUGGUACCAUGGGCUCUAUUAUUAUUAUUAUAUAAAUAUUAUAAUAUAGAAUUUAUACCAUGGCUGUAGUAUUAGUAUUAUUAUUAUUAUUAUUAUAUUAGAAUUUAUACCAUGGACUCUAUUAUUAUUAUUAUAAUUAUAUUAUUAUUAUUAUUACUAUUUUAGAAUUUAUACCAUGGGCUGUAUUAUUAUUAUUAUUAUUAUAUUAGUAUUAUAAUAUUAGAAUUUAUACCAUGGGCUCUUAUUAUUAUUAUUUUAGAAUUGAUACCAUGGGCUCUAUUAUUAUUAUUAUUAUUAUUAUUAUUAUUAUUUUAGAAUUGAUACCAUGGGCUCUAUUAUUAUUAUAUAAUUAUUAUAAUAUUAGAAUUUAUACCAUGGGCUGUAUUAUUAUUAUUAUUAUUAUUAUUAUUAUUAUAUUAGUAUUAUAAUAUUAGAAUUUAUACCAUGGGCUGUAUUAUUAUUAUUAGUAGUAGUAUUAUAUUAGUAUUAUAAUAUUAGAAUUUAUACCAUGGGCUCUAUUAUUAUAAUUAUAUUAGUAUUAUAAUAUUAGAAUUUAUACCAUGGGCUCUAUUAUUAUUAUUAUAAUUUAUAUUAGUAUUAUAAUAUUAGCAUUUAUACCACGGGCGGUAUUAUUAUUAUUAUUAUUAUUAUUAUUAUUAUAUUAGAAUUUAUACCAUGAGCUGUAUUAUUAAUAUUAUUAUUAUUUUAUUAUUAUUAACUGACAGAAUGUGCAAUUAUUUAACCAUUGCAGGCACUUACCUGCCACCUACCUCUGCUGCUGGCUGACCUGACUGUUUAAAUGCAUGGAGUGAUGACAAUAGGCUUCCUGGUUAACCCUUAUAGCCCCACGUGGGUGUGUUGUUCUCUGACUUGGCUGCUCCAGCUCCAUGAUAAGUGUCAUUAAAUAAUAUGGAGUCUAGAAGGGGCUGCUGAGCUAAAAGAUCAACCUUGUUUAUUCCCCUUUCUUCUCUACUCUUGUUGCAAAUACAACCUCUUGCCCAAACAGCUUGCAAUCUAAUUUUCCAGUAUUGCAGGUGUAUUUUAUGACCAUAGAGAAAACCGGUAGUAUGGUAAUAGGGCAGCAGUCUACUCUCUCCUCCAGCUCUGCUUCACUCCCACCUUGUUUGAUGGCUAUUUCCUGUCCUAAUGUGUUUUAUACCCCACCUCCUAUAGACUGUAAGCUUGUUUGAGCAGGGUCCUUCCUCCUCUUCAACCUAUCGUCCCUGUAAGUUUUUGUAAUUGUCUCAUUUAUCGUUAAACCUCCCUCUUUGAUAAUAUUGUAAAGCGCUACUGACUAUGCUAACGCUAUAUAAAUACCAGUAGUAAUACUGUAAGUGGUAUGCUUUUGAGACCACUUCUGUAGUAAGGGUUUAUGUUUACCUGUGCACACAUCAGACAUGACCGCUUUCAAAGCUGUGAGCCAUCAGUCCACUGGGUGCUGUCCUACAGUAAGUCAAAAUAUUUUAAAGGGACGCUAUAGUCACCAGAACAACUACAGCUUAAUGUAGUUGUUCAGGUGAGUAUAAUCAUUGUAUGCAGGCAUUUUCAUGCAAACACUGCAACCUAGGGACACCUCCAAGUGGCCACUGGAGGUUCUUCCUGGCUCAGUGCUGCACAGUAGGCAGCAGUGCCGUUAAGCGUCUCCACACUCUGCAUGAAUACGCUGAAUAUUCCUCAUAGAGAUGCAUUGAUUGGCCAAAACAGCAUUUGGCCCUGCCCCCUUUUCGAUUUUAGCCAAUCCCCAUGGGAAAGCAUUGAAUUGGCUAAAAAUAUCCGCUAUUCUGAUGGUCAUCAAGGGGGCGGGGCCAGCACCGGCAGACCCGCAUGGCACUGGAAAUAAGGUGAGUUUUAAGGUGUAGUUAGGUUGAAUUUGUAUGCUGUGUGUGCCAGUUAGGUUGCCUUUUUUGCAGUGUAGGUAAAUAUGGGAUUUGUAUUAUCUGAAUAGUUUCAGGGUUAUUUACUAAAGUGAGAGUUGUCAGAAAAAUUCUCCAAGACAGCUGUGCUUCCAGUUCAUGCUGUCAAGCUAUUUUGGUCCAAAAUCUGAAAUGCACUUUCAAUUCCCAACAAUUCUCAGUUCGGUAAAUAACUCUGUGUUUAACAGAAUAAAGAAACACUCUAAAUACCAUAUUAAUUACUACAAACUGCUCUAGUGUAGCUACUGUGUUAAAAUAGUUUGACAACUUACUAGUGUCCCCAGGUACUUGCUUAUCAUUGAUCUUCUCCUGCAGGACAUCUCUGUAGACUUAAGCACAGCUGAUGCAGGACAGCAGUCAUUGGCAGAGAGCAUUCAACUGAUGCUCUCAGCCAAUGAGCACGUGCCUGUAUAGUCUAACUUUGAUGUAUAGCUUAACACGAAUUUCUGUGCUGGUGAAGACCGAAUGCGGCAGAUGUAGUCCCAAGCGCCUUGUAGAACCAAGGUAAGUUGUCAAGCCAUGCUAAAACGGUUGAUAUCUUACUGUGGGACUCCUUACAUGGCACUCCUUGUAAUGAUACUUUAAAGUACCACAGUUUUAUUUUUAACAUAACCCCCCACUACUGCAUUUUAUGUCUCUUUAAAAGGCAUUUCUAAACACCACAAACCAAACAUUGUGGUUUGUAAAUAGUAUGACACUCACCUCAUUCCCCUGGUUGCCUACUGUGAGGCCCCACUUCACAGAUAUAACUAAAAUGGAAGUUCCUCUUCCAUGUUCGAUAUAUCCGUUCUGUCCAUAUUUAGACAAAGCUCAUUGGCUGAGCGCAUCAGGUGACAUUUUUGGCCAAUGAUUUCCAUCCAAAGAUUGGCAGAACUUAUAUUUGAGAAACACUUUGACGUUUACCUGGUUGGAGACAGGAGACUCUUUGCAACAUAACCACUUCCAUGAGCUAUAGUGAUUAUGAUGCUAAGAGUGCAUUUUUAAAGGACCACUAUAGGCACCCAGACAACUUCAGCUUAAUGAAGUGGUCUGGGUGCCAGGUCCACCUAGGAUUAACCCUUUUUGCUGUAAACAUAGCAGUUUCACAGAAACUGCUAUUUCUACCUAUGGGUUAAUCCAGCCUCUAGUGGCUGUCUCACUGACAGCCGCUAGAGGGCUUCCGCGCUUCUCACUGUGAUUUUCACAGUGAGAAGACACCAGCGUUUAUAGGAAAGCAUUGAGAAUGCUUUCCUAUGAGACUGGCUGAAUGCGCGUGCGGCUCUUGCCGUGCUUCCCCAUUCAGCCAGGGACGUCAGAAGAGGGAGGAGAGUCCCAGCACUGAGGGAGCCUGGCGCUGGGAAAAAAAGGUAAGGGAUCAACCUCUUCCUCCCCCUUCAGCACCACGGGAGUGGGAUCCUGAGGGUGGGGGCACCCUCAGGGCACUAUAGUGCCUGGAAAACGAGUUUGUUUUCCUGGCACUAUAGUGGUCCUUUAAAUAAGCUUGCACACUUUAUUUUAAAAGAAACCUUUCUCACAGGAUUUGCCACACAUAAUGUUCUAUAAUGUAUAGGUUUAUUGAUUUAUAUAUGUUUAUGUUUACAGAGCUCUUGAAAACCUGAACACAGGAUUUGUUCCAGACCACUACUUGGAUUCAGUGUGGAAAAAUGAUGAGCUUACAGUGAGUAGUUUGUGUAUCAUGUAUUCUUUGCUUCUGUGAAGAAGUGAUGAUGCCCUUAAUGCAAGUAUGUCACUUCUCUUGAAUUGACUGCUCCUUAUUUCCUUACCUUAGUAAUUAGGUUAUUUGGGUAAGUAGAUGUGUGUAGGUAACUAUAAAACAAACUUUCCUUUAUGUGUGUGGGACCAUGGGGUUAAAUCAUUUACAGGGUAUAUUCUGACUGUCAGGACAGCCAGACAAACAAUAUAAGUCUGUAAUAAAAUCUGUUUCACUUGUCAGGAGAAUAAUAGCGCAACUGUUGCUAACUUUUAGUUGAAUGCCGUUUAGUGCCAAAACCCCAUACGGGAGAGUUUCCAUGUAAGGGGAGUACAAAUGGAGAGUCCAGGCAUCUGGCAAAUUAUAACGUAUCUUAACCCCUUAAAGACACAACUUCUGGAAUAAAAGGGAAUGUGUCCUAAAGGGGUUAAAGGUUCAGUAUAACCACCAUAACAACUUUGCAUGAUUUGUAAAGUUUAUGGUUUAGAAAGUAUCCUUCAGUGAUACUUAGUGGCUUAAAAUUGCAGUGAUCCAUCUUUAUCUUAGUUUAAUCAGUAUUGAGACAACGCACAUGCAAGUGGGAAGGGACGGGGGGGUGAGUUUUACAAAGAAUAAUGUCCACAGAUUAUUCCAUGUAUAUACUAUUCUAUAUUUCAUUUUUUUUUUUAGCCAUGGACAUUGGACAGUACUAUCAGUGAAGAAAACAAGGCUGUCAUUGAGAAAAUGUUGCUUGAAGAAGAGUAUCCUUCAAACUGGAAAAUCUUCAUUCCCAUAGACCCCAGGGUCUGCUCUCUCUGGAUACAAUGUAAAUCCAUAGGUAGAUUGAGAAAACAUUUUAUAGAGUCUAAUUAAAAUAGUGGGAUCCCUUCAGAGUAAUUUAUUGUAUGUAGAUGCACAUAGUAUAGAUGAUUUAUCAGAAUCGAUACUUAGUCUCCCAGAGGUCUCUAUAUCAUUUUAUUUAAUUAAAGCCAUAUUCUCCAGCUAUGAGAACAUAUCAUUUCGUUACAGUGCAGCAUCAGUAACCAUUCAAAAAUGUUUUCUCACUCUGCUGGUAUUGCGCAACAUUUAUCAAAGUGAUCACCUUCAAAAUUUCACUAACCAUUUUACCCUCCGGCAACACAGCUGAAGUCAAAAAUAGUUAUCAUCAUUUACAGGAACACUCCUAGCAAUAUAGUGUCCCUGUCUUUUGUUGUAUCGUGACCCCCUCGCCCGUUUGGCCCCCAAAAAAGAUAUGAACUUACCUUUUUUUAUUGCUCACCUCUCUGCCUCCCAUGAUCCAAUCAAAUGAUCUUCAUAGAGGUACAUCAGGGACCUAAUGCACAUGUGCAGCCAGCUCUGCGUGUAUUACAGCUUCACCAUAAGAAAGCAUUGUAUUCAAUUUUUUCUAAAUGUUCUUCCGCUUCACAUGACCGAGUUUUACUCUGUCAAUGACGCAGAAACUUAUUUAGUGGUUAUCAGUGUGACAGCCACUAGAGGUUCAUUUUAACUUUGCAAUAUAAACAUUGCAGUUUCUAAAAAGAAAAAAAAAAAUGCAAUGUAAAAGGACAUUAACCCCUUAAGGACCAAACUUCUGGAAUAAAAGGGAAUCAUGACAUGUCACACAUGUCAUGUGUCCUUAAGGGGUUAAAGGGAAAUCUUUACUGCUUAAUCAACUAAACAACUUUUUUAAGGAACAGGUAAGCAGUACAGAUUUCCUUUACGAUGGAGUGGUCGACUAUAGUGUCCCAUUAAAACCGAUACCAAACCAUGAUUUUGUUGUUAAUAUUGCAUUAUCAAGCUCGACAUCAUGAGGUUAACAAGAAAUAAAAUUUGCACCUUUCUGGGAUUUUCAAUUACGUCACAGUUUAAAGGUUAUGGAGAGCUAAAUGCAUUGCUGAUGCAAAUAGGUGUCACAUGCAUCAUCAGGGCUAUUUAUAUUAUCUAAAGCAAACUCCUCCAUGUCUCCACUAGUCAAAACAGUAAUAUCUCUUUAUAUAUUGGAUCUUUAACAUCGAUUCUAUGGUGAGUUUUUAAACUAAAGUAGAAUCGUAUAAUUGUAGAAGACUUUGGUCAACAUAAUAAAGCUCCAGGUGAGGUUCUGCCUACCUAGUUAGCUAAAACUUGAGAUUAAGUGAGUACGCUGUAUCAUUCCCGCUCCCCCAAAAGCAGUAAGUAAAUUCACAUCUUGUAGAAAUAAAUGGUUUUAGUAGAAAUCCUAGGACAAGCAGGUUUGUCUUUCCUUAGCAUCUCCAUAGAUAUUAUUUAUCAAGCAAACCACUUCCAGCAAAGUUCUGGCAAGAGUCCAAAGAUGGAGAAAAGCGUUGUAUCAAAAGGUAAGUUUAAAAAAUCAUUUUUGUUUGAAGCCAUUUUCAUUCUAAAUUUAGGACUACCCAUAAAGGGUUAUUAACCCCUUAAGGACACAUGACAUGUGUGACAUGUCAUGAUUCCUUUUUAUUCCAGAAGUUUGGUCCUUAAGGGGUUAAGGGCGCUGUUAAAAGUGUAACUGUUUUUUUCCUAUAUUUCAUAAAUCAGUGCUGUUCCUUGCGCCUUGUGUCUUUGUUAGUUAAAAUGGCUGGUGUUAUAUGUUAGGGUUAAACCCAGAGUAAAAUACUAUAUACAUUCUGUCACUCAUACAUAUAGUUCUUGGAGUUUCUCAAUUUAGAAACCCAUUGAAAUAAUAGACUCGGUAAACAAUUGUGUUUCCUUGUGUCAAUAAAGAAAUGCACAUCCAUGGAGGCAAAAUACCCACAAAUGAAGAUAGUAAAUAAAAAUUAAACUUUAUUAUUGUGAUACAGAUUUGUAGUUAAUCAGGCGUAUUGAUGAUAUAUUGGAUUUAAAUUUUAGUUCAAUGCAUGGAAAAAUAUAAUAAUAAUAGUAAUAUUUCUCAUUUUAUUUAUUUAUUUAUUUAUUUUAAUGCCAGAAGCCCACCGAAGAAAAUGUCAAGAGUAAUGUAAGUUUCUUUCAAACGUUUUUCUGAUUUAAUUAUCCACUAUCUUUCUUCUGCAUAGUUAAAUAGUAAGUCUCAUGUUAUUUAUUUGUACAGUUAUAUAAAGUGCUGUUUUUUGCAGUAGUUGUUCUGUAAGUUAUUUAACCAUACCAAAUUAGGGGAAUGUUCUUUUACCUUCUACAACCAGAAACAAAUGACAGAUCUGCAUUACCAGAGAGAAAUAUAUGGUUUAAAGAUGUUCUAUUAAAUGGCAUGUUUCAUGUAUUUAUGGGCUUUUUUGUUUUCUUUUUGUGUGUGUGUGUAGGAUCCGCUCCCCAAAUAAACCAGGAACCAGCCCUGUGAAAUGGACUGCAGAAGAGAAGGAGCUCUUUGAACAAGGAGUGGUAAGACAUUUCAUUACAUGCCACCUAGGAUUGCUAGACCUUUCAUGUAUUUCUGCCAAGUAACAUUUAUGUGACACAUGAUUGUCUGUGUAUUCUAUUAGAGACUUAUUUGUCCUCUCAUAAUCUGUAAUUACUUGUUAUGUUAUGGCAUUAUAGAAGGGAUCAAUUGUCUAAAUAUAUUCAGUAAGUGUGUAAUAUACAGUAUUACUUUUUUUUUAAAUAUAAUUAGGCAGAGUUCGGCAGAAGGUGGACUAACAUUGCACAGCUUAUCGGAAGUCGCACUGUGUUACAAGUAAAGAGCUAUGCAAGACACUAUUUUAAAAAUAAGGUAUGUGUGGGGGGUUAUUUGUAAUUUCAUGUUUGUAUGUGCACAGAUUAGAGUUAGUACUAACAUAACUCCAGACAUUGCUUCACCCCGAUCAAAUGCUCAGGCCUCCACCACCAAUACUGUUACAUACGGUUUUUCCUGAAGCACACUGGGACUGAGCAGGGGAAGCCAUGUGAUUACUCCUAGCAACUCAGAUCCAGGCCUGCUCUACAAUUCUGCUUUUAGAUGUAUAAGAUCCAGGUCACACUGAACACUAUCUGUUAAAGGAAAAUAUCCAUGUAGAUGAAGUGAGGCUGGAUUUGUGGUGAAGAAGGGACCCUCUUUUUAAGUUUAACAUAUGCUCCCCCUUUUCCUUUUUUUACUCUUUUAUGUUUAUACUCUGUGUAGUGUCCAUUUAUUACUACUUUUACUUGUGCUUUAAAAACUGUGCAAUGCUUAACAUUAUUGCCCUGUCAUCUCUUGUACAAUUUAAGAUUAAUGCUACAUUACCCAAUUGAACGUAUGUCUUCUUUCUAUUUGCCACUGAAAACAAAUAUUGCACAGUAGUCCUCUUUAUAUUCUCUGCCUCAAUGCUGGAGACAGGAAGAGCCCAUAUUUAUCGUCAUACACGUUAAUAUUACUUAUCAGCUGACUGUAGUGAGUUGCCUGAACGUCUGUAGCCUCUUACAGACCUGUGUGUGUGCAUGAAUUUGAUGGUACUCCAUUCCUGUUAAGACAACUUGGGCAGUUGUCCCAAUCCUACCUUGCCACGGAGCGUAUGUAAACAUCACUACUUUAGCAAAUAUAGUAAGGGAGCACUCUUCCUAUCUCCAUCUUGAUUUUAAAUCUCCCAGGUGACAUACAUUUUUUUAAAUAUUUUAGAUUUUGUAUAAAUGCGGCAUUAAUUGUAUUCUGUUUCUGCAGUGUAAGGUGGAAGAGAGUGAGAAAGUGGUGUCCAAACUUAGCAGUGAAAGUCUUCCAGUUUUCCAUUUAGAACAUUUGAACAAAGAAAGUGAGAUCACAUAUGAGCUCCCAGCUUUUCGAGGACGAGCUGAUCCAAACCUUAAUGCUGUUAAAAUAGAAAAGCUAUCAGACGAUGAAGAAAUUGAUAUAACUGAUGAAAUAGAUGAAGUGAUCGGUGAAAAGUCAGAUUCUUGUGACACCGUAAAAUCCGCAGGUUUCUCUAACCAUGAAAGUGAAGAAACGUCUCAUAGUAUCCCACAACAAAUUCUUGCCCUAUCAGAAUCUUCCCAAACAGAGGAUUCCAAAAUGGAAGCUAUCGGUGAACAGAUGGACAUAUUAGAUCGGGAAUUAUUUAACCCAUCAACAAGCCUCACCAUUAAUGAUACUAGUGCAUGCACAUACUUCUCUAAACUGGAGCACUACAGCACCCCAGAGCAUGUGCAGUGUUCCAAAGAUUUUGACUUUGGUGCCCAUGCAAUAAACUCUCCUCCACUGUGUGAAACUGAAGAUGACGAGGAAGAGCUUAAGUCACCGGACCAGGAGAUGGAGAUAGACAGAAAUUUCAUUAUGGAGGAUGAAAAGCAAGCCAUUCCAGAAUUUUUUGAGGGGCGUCCAGCAAAAACUCCAGAACGGUAUCUUAGAAUCCGCAACUAUAUUUUGGAUCAGUGGUAAGAUUAGAAGUCUUUGUCUUUAAUCAUUGUUUGUGUUUUUGAUGAGUGGAGUCAAGAGGAAUGUAAAUGUUUGCAUGCAAAAGGCUAUUCAAUGUGUACUUAUGCUGUUGGUAGAUAAAUGUUGUAGCCUCAGAUGAAGGUCUAACUGUUCCUGUCGGAUGGAGUAACACCAUACGUGUGUGAUAUGGUUUGCUGAUAUUAUUGUUCAUUUGUUCUCUCUUUUGCACUACCUCUGCCUACUCUUUGCAGUUCUGUUUCACAAAUGGGUGCAGUGGUCCUUUAACUUUAACCCUGCAAUGUAAAACAAUGCAGUUUUAUUAGAAACAUUUACAGUUCAGAGUUAAGUCUACUUCUAGUGACUAUCAUAAUGACAGCCACUAGAAGUGCUUCCGCUGCACUGACUGAAUAAACCUUGGUCACGUAACGUGUAAACCCCCAUAGAAAAGCAUUAAUUCCAUGUCAUUGCAGGAGGUGGCGAAGUCAGAAAAAGUUGAGUAAAACUUUUGUUUCUUUAAAUUUCCACUGCAAAAAGUAGGGGGGAGUAGAAAGGGUGGAGACAGGGGUGACUAUACAGGUUUGUAUUCCUAACGCUAAAACUUCUUACCUCUGUUCCAGCAUUGAGGUCCAGAUCUCCCUUGAGCCUGAUCCUAUUCUGCUGAUGUUAAUCCCCUUUAUUGGAGAGGGAUUAAAAUAGGAAGAGUAGGACAUGGGUGGCAUGGAGGAGUAGGACUAGACAUCUGUUGCUAGAAUCCUGUGUGCUGACUAGGGAUGCACCGAAAUGAAAAUUCUGGGCCGAAACCGUAAAUUCAGGAUGCCGUUGGCUGAAAACCGAAACCGAAAAUUACUUUUUUCCCCCAAAUGCAAUAAAUCAAUCUGGAAGGUAGACAAGGGGUUAAAACAUAAAAUACAUUGGUGCUAGCCAGGGGAAACUGGAGGUAAACUGUAUACAAGGGGACAGUUUCUGUGCUAAAAGCAAGCCUUUUUAAUAAAGCUCACGUUCUUAAAGGAGCACUAUAGGGUCAGGAACACAAACAUGUAUUGCUGACCGUAUAGGGUUAAAACCAAUAUCUAGCCACCCUAGUCCCCUCUUGCCUCCCUAAAAAUAGUAAAAUCUUAUUUUUAUUCAAGUCUAGAGCUGCAGGCUUUGUCCCUGUUUCCUGUAGACCUGCCUACUGCCUUUUGACAUCAGUAGAAGUGGUAGUCUGAUCCAAUCACAAUGCUUCCCUAUAGGAUUGGUUGAGACUGACAAGGAGGCCGAUCAGGGGCAGAGCAAGCACAAUUCAAACACAGCCCUGGCCAAUCAGCAUCUCCUCAUAGAGAUGAAUUGAAUCAAUGAAUCUCUAUGAGGAAAGUUCAGUGUCUGCAUGCAGAGGGAGGAGAUACUGAAUGUUUGGAUCUAUUUUAGGCAGUGAUGACCCAGGAAGGAUCUCUAAUAGCCAUCUGAGGAGUGGCCAGUGAAGCUAUCACUAGGCUGUAAUGUAAACACUGCAUUUUCUCUGAAAAGACAGUGUUCACAGCAAAAGGCAUUGUGCCCUCUCAUAAGGGGGUGGGGUGUAAUUUUCGACCUAUGUGAUCCUUUUUUGGACGAAAUGGGAUAGGCCCAUUUUCGGACGAAAAUUUCGGUGCAUCCCUAGUGCUGACAUCAGAUGUGCAGUAUGUACGUAUGGAAGUCUUGCUCCAGGCUGUAAAAUUAAGCUGCCGCAGCAGCAAGCCUGUUAAACUCUGUACAUGCAGUAUUUCAUUCAUGGUGCUUGAGCAACUUUUUAAGAUACAAUAGAGAACAUUGCUCCAACAGCAGGAUUGCAAUCCUUACUAAUCUGAUCUUUGGAGUGUUUAUAUAGAGGAACAGUAUUUUGAACUCUUAUUACUCUAGUUUUAGAUUUGUUCAGAGUGAAUGAGAAACAGGACUGGUUUUAUUUAAACUUAAUCACCCUAUUUUUUUUUCUUUCUCUCUGUAUGUAGGGAAAGUUGUAAGCCGAGAUACUUGAAUAAGACAUCAGUCCGUCCUGGCCUCAAGAACUGUGGUGACGUGAAUUGUAUUGGACGCAUUCACAUGUACCUGGAGUUAAUUGGAGCCAUUAAUUUUGGGUGUGGUAAGGCAUAAGACAUUCAUAUUUUUCAAGAAACUGGUGUGCUUGUGUUUCCCAAUGAUGCAUCUAAAUUUUACUUAUUGUAAAUAUUUCUAGAGCAAGCCGUUUAUAACCGACCUCGGCCAAUCGAUAAGACAAAGUCCAAGGAAGGAAGAGAUACUCUGGAAGCAUAUGAGCUUGCACACAGAUUGCAGUCUAUGGUAAGCUGGAUUCCAAAUUCCAUUUAUAGUUAUAUAGUGUGGCUUUAUUCUUGUUUAUAGUACUCUCCAGAAAUGAUUAACUACAUAUCCCUAGGUAUCACUAGUGAGUCUCAAAAUACUCUUUACUUACCUUUGUCACUGGUUAGAACUGUGCUAAAGUUAUGAAUGUAAUAUCCCAUCUAGGAAUAGUAUACAAUAAAGGAAAACUAUAGGGUCAGGAGCACAAACCUGUAUUCCUGACCCAUAGUGUUAAUGGGUUAAAACAUCCCUUAAUUCCAAUGCCAUGCAGGUCCACCAGCACUGGCUCUGCCCCCGAUCCGCCUCCUUGGUGACUUCAUCAGUAUUUACAAUUUUUAGCCAAUCUAAUGCUUUCCCACAAGAAAAAUUCAGCAUGGAGACUGUGACCUACUGUGCAGCACUGCCCCAGGAAGCACCUCCAGUCGCCAUAGGAGGUAUCCCUAGGGGGCAAUGUAAACCCUGCCUUUUCUCUAAAUAGGCAGUGUUUGCAUGAAAAAUGCUUGAAGGGAAUGAUUAUACUCACCAGAACAACUACAUUAAGCUGCAAUUGUUUUGGUGACUCUAGUGUCCCUUUAAGACCAGAUUGUUAUGACAGUAUAGACCAUCCAUAGUCCCCAGGAAUUUAAAAUAAUUUGAAUCCUAAAUUUGUUAAAUGAUGUGUACUACUUCUCUCCAGCUGCUUCUGUGAGGUACAUCCCAUAAAAAGUUAGAACAAUCUCCAUAACACGCUUUCUGAAUUAAACAGCAGACUUUUCAGUGUGAUGUAUUUGUAGGAUAUUCUUUCCCGUACACACUAUUGCUGUGUAAAAUCAUUAUUCUCUUUACCAAUCCCAGAAAAAUGAGCUUUGACUUCAUUACUAUAUUAUAGUAAACAUCUAAACCAAGGGUAACAAAAACAUAAUUUUAUGCUAAACAUGCUGCAUUGCAACCGUAAAAUUCAUAAUGCAUAGACCGCUUAAUAAUCAGAACCGAAAUCAGAACGCUCCCUUUUCAAUAAUUGCACAGCGUACUAUUCCUGUGCUGUCUGUAUAGGAGUGUAUAUAUCUUGUUUGGCAUGUAUCAGCACAUGAGUGUUCUGGCAGUGAAAUGUGUGUUCAUAGAAUUGAUCUCGGCAGGCACAGAGCAGGGCGAUUGAGUGGGCAUUUAAGAACACAGGCACCUGUGUGCUAGCAACAUCCUGAUUGUGUGGGGAGGUGGGUCGGAGAAUCAGGUAAUAUGUCAGGUUCGCUCUAAGGAGGAACAAUUCAAUAAAAAGAAGAAUUAAACUUAAUGACUGCAAAAAGUACAUUUGUAAAGUAUACUAUCUUUCUCUUUCUAUGGAACCAGCAUGCAUGUUAUUGCUUUCAUUGAGAUUUCUGAGAAAUAUUGUGUUUUGACAAGGAAUGUUUAUAAUCACAUUUUCCAAGCUAACUUUACUCAUUUUAAAAUGUUAAAGUGGCCUCCUGUUAAAUUGCACCACCGAGCCUUUCAUUGCUGUUUUUGAUUUAUUUACUUCAGUUCUUUAUUCACUCUAGGGAUUGAAAAAUUGUCAAAAUAAACCCUUUUACAUGCAAUUUUACAUCAAAUUUGCUGUGAUUUAGAAAAUGGUUUACAAUUUCCUGCAGAGAGCAAACUAUACACUCCUCCUUUGUGGCAGUAGGACAAACAUGCUUUGGGUUGGUAAAUUCAUUGCACAAGUCUGACCUGAAUGUGGGUCCACAACAUGUUUGGAAAUUGAUUAAAAUAUGUUUACUGGGUGGCUGAAAACAAAACUCACAAAUUCAAAGGGAUUAACAUAAUUUUUCUCACCCUGGGGUAUAUAUGCUAACUUUAUAAAAAAAAAAAUUUAUUCAUGCAUUCUCAUAAUGCAUUAUAGAACGCAGGCAUUAAAGUAAGGUUAGUGUCACGAAUUCAAAUGUGUAUUCCUUACACUAUAGUGUUAAACUGUUUAGUUCCCCAGCCACCCUUAGAUUGCAUUGAAAAGGUAUUUAAACUUACUUUUUCUCCCUUGCCAUGCCGGUCUCCGUGUGACUGACCCCCACCUCCAUGGCUGAGAUCAUCAAUCUUGAUUAUCUCAAACCUCCCACAGGUGGAGCCUGGGGGUGAUAUACUUGCCCAAAAUCUCCUUGGAACCACAAUAUUCUGCUUUUCAGCUGUUUUAACUUUUUAGUACCACUCAUGAUUGAGUGUACAAUAUGGAGCUUCACCAAUGUUGGCUGUGUUCAGUGAGUCAUUGUGAGCAACCACUAGCUCUACAAAAGAAAAAUCUUUAAAACCCAAUAAUAAGAAAAAUCACAACCACAGCAAAGAAAGGAGGUCAAGCCAGCCAAACAACUUCAGAGGGAACUUACAGUUCUACUGCUUGUAAACUCCUUUGGCAACCUUGUGAUGGUCAUUUAUACUUCUUUCUGAGUGAUCCUUAAGUUAUGGUAGGAUUGUCAGGGAAUUCAUCCAGUUCAUCAUGAUCAGUUCAGAGACAAUUUGGUACAAAUACAGAGGAAACCGUGUACUACCUCCAUUAUUUGUAAUCCAGAUUGCUCUAUUUUUGUACUUUUUUCUCUCUCUCUCUCUCUCUCCUUGUUGACUUGCAGUGAAAGUAGUUUCAUAUUGAGACAACACAUGCAUCCUCACUAAUAUAAUCAUUGAAAUAUCCAUUACCAGGCGCACAUAUGAAAUUCUGCAUUUUUGUCUUUCUGUGAGUGAAGUGCCAGCUGUGGCAGAAUUGCAUAUUCACAUGUUUCCCGUCACUGAUAUUCUAAAGUCAUUUAAACAGAUGUACAUUUCCUACCAGAUUGCAGCUCACUUCCUACUGGAACAAGAAGCAGAAGGGGUGGAGCUGUGCUGCAAGAGUUUUCAAAUUUUAUUCAAAAGCAUGCAUUUGUCAUAAAUUCACACAUAUUUUGUCUGAUUUUCUUCUCUGGUAUUUGUGUACCUUUUGUAAAUGUGCUCCCACAAUGCUUGGCAUUAAGACACACUGGAAGGAUUUAAGGAAUCUGUAGCGGAGAUGCAAUAUUACCCAGGUUCUCUCCGCUUAUAAUCCAAGUGAGACUCAGGAACAAGUAAAUAGUAAAUCCAAAGGCAGGGUUUCCAGCAGGUAAAAUACGGCAAUAUCCCAACAGCAAUCCCAAUAACUGGACGACACACAGUUUCAGGAGCAUAACUGACAAGCCUUUAAUCGCAGUCUCCUUAUAAAGCAUGCUCCCAUGCAAGGGAGGAACUUACAGUAAUUAUUACAGUAGCCAAUCCUGUCCUGGUAACCUCCCACACAUCCCCUCCCCUCAGCCAGCAUCAUAAUCCCCUUAUCCAGCACACCAAUUCCCCCCUUUUCUGGAUGUACCCCUAAACGUAGGGGUACCCCUUUAAAUCCUACACCCCCUGAUAGCCCUGAUCUGGGUGAGCAACAUAUCCAAAAAUCACCCAGAUCGGACCAGGGGUUCGGGAAAAGUAUGGAGGGAAUAAAAUGACCGACCGCACGAACAGAGAUAGCCGAAUUCGGUUCCAUGUGAAUGGGCCUUGCGGUCGGUCCUGGCAUAAGGGAAUAAAAUACACGAAAGCCUCUAGCUAUAGAGGCUAGGGAGGGUUCGCCUGAAUCCCCUCGUUCGGUAUUUUCUAUCUACCGAACGAGGGGCCGUUCGGUAGUUUGGAACCGAACGGACCAGGGCUGUGGAGGUCUCAGCGGUGUUCGCCUACUCGAGUGUCCGAUUUUAGUUCCAGACACUCGACGGCAAAACACCGCUGUUCGGGAGUUUUAAAAUGGCCGCCGCCACGUGUUCGUUUGUCGAAUGGCGGCCACCCCCGAGAACAAAGGACGGCUACUUACUGUUCAAUUACCGGUUCGCAACAAUGUUGCAACGGGUAAUUGAGGACACACUUCACACAGGGAGGUCUGGUUGUUCGGUAGUUUCAUUCGAAUAAACUAAGGGAAUGAAACUACCGAACAAUCAGAGGAAUACAAUUCUUUUUAAAUACACAGAAAUUACAGCAGAUACACGUAUGCAGCUUUAUACAGUAUUUCUUGUAGGGUCGCCUGGUGCCAUCUGCUACAGAAUCCAUGUACUGUAGUAUUAGGAACCCACAAUAUCUUAUAGGAUGAUCAUUUCAGUUAAUUGUAGCAUAGAAUCCAUACAUUGUAACAGUUUAUGUUUUAAGAUACCUAGAGCUGGCCUUCCCAUCCACACAUACUGUCAAUGGGUCCAUGUUCAUUGCCAGCUUUUCUUUUUUUUUUAGCGCACCCGAAGAAGACGCGUCAGGGAUCCGUGGGGAAACUGGUGUGAUGCAAAAGACCUGGAAGGGCAAACAUUUGAGGUUUGUUUAAUUUUCUCAUUAUUCAGGAAUGUAUUAAGUGCUUCUUACAAUCUUUGUACAUUUUACAUUUUUGAAAAGAAACCGCCACAAUCAACAAAAUAAUCCCUUUUUUUCUCUUUUUUAUUUUUUUUAUUUUAUGAGUUGAGCUGUAUGCAAGCUCCUCUAUUUCAAAAGUCUUUAAGUGGCUGAAGUUAUUUGGUUGUUUGUUAAAUGGGGUUCAAGAAUGCCAAAUUAAUAUUUUGAUGAAACUCAAAAUGUAAUUGGGAGAACAAAGAUUAGAAUUGCACCUACAUUUUGAGUAGAGGCAGACUCUGGCAUCACAUGUUGUCAGAACUUUAAGUAAGUGGCGAAUGGAUUUGGGCUCAGUCUUCUAUUAUUAUUAUUAUUAUUAUUAUUAUUAAUUGCAUUAUUAUUAGCAUUUAUAUAGCUCCAACUUAUUCCUCUGCGCUUUACAAGUAUACAAAGGGGAAAUGAAGAAGACCCUGCUCAAACAAGUUUACAAUCUACAAGGAUUUGAGGUAGGGGGAUAUGAAUUGUUAGGUUCCAGGGUCACCAACUGAUAAAGUGGUCUGACUGGGAUUCAAACCUGUGUUUCCGGGUUCCAAAGCAAUUAUAUUACCAUCAGUUUCUACCUAGAAUAGUUGCAUUAACCUCCACAGUUAGCAGUGACAGUCCUCCUCGUUCCUGCAUUAGUUUGUAUUACAAUUAUAUUAGAAGUAGAGCACUUAGAUACAAGUACAGAUAUGAGAGGUUGGCACCCCAUCUAAACGUGCCUCUUGUAUUAAAUCUUUCUGAGUUAUUGUGCUGAGGACUGCAGCCACCUUCAUAGUGAAGAUGAAAGAGUGGAUGCCUUGCUGUGGCACACUUUGUCAGUAGGCGUAAGCUUUUAAAUUGGAAAAGAUUUAUGAAUUCCCAGAAGCAGCGUUGUAAGAAUGAAACACUACAAAGUAGUAGAAGCUCCCUUCCUAGUUAUCACCUUAAUGAAAAUUACAUUUCUGUUGUCUAGCAUCUGUCUGCAGAAGAACUGGCAAGGAGACGAGAGGAGAAAAUCAAAUCUUCAAAAUCUUCCAAAGGAUCAAGGCUGGUCAAGAGGUCAGAUAUUUUACAUUCAUGUCGAUUUUUUUUAUUUAUUUUUUUCAUUUAUUUUUUUGUGUGUUAUGGUGGUGGUUCUGUUUUUUUGUUGUUUCUUUGUAAUUUAUUUAAUAUUUUAAGUUAAGUGAAAGGCUAUUUCACCUUUACUAAAGGGAAAUAUUUUUGUUGUUAUCCUUACCUCCGUAUAUUACUUAAUGAUCUGGGUGACCUGCUGGGGGGAGUACAUGAAGCCUUCCGUCCAUUUCCUGUAGCCAUUUUGGUAAUGGAAGAAGCAAUGUUUUGGCAAAUGUACAUUAAUCACUUAAAUCGAAACUGUUAAUUAGUCAUUCCUUUACCUAUUAAACAGCUUACCAGGUAGGAUAGAUACAUUUUGUGUUUUUUUUUUUUGUUUUGUUGUUUAAUGCACAGACCUCUGAGGCACUUCCCUGCUCAGUGCUAAGUCUUCACUACAUGGUGCCCCAAGCAUGCACAUUUUGGCAUUUACAGCAAAGUUCUUGCCAAUUGUAUGCACAUUUUUAAUAAUGCCAUACAUGUACAUAGCAGUGCCAGGGUAAAAUUGAUUUGCAUGCCAUGUAGCAUUAAAAAAAAACCCAUAAGCCAUAAUUUUAGUUGGCAAUUGGGCUACAAAUUCCACUAGUGACCGUUCCACUUAAUAGUUCACGUAAUAUUAAAACUUGGAUCCAUCGUUCCAAUUAUCUUGACUCCAGCAUGUACUUGGGAACUAGCUGCAGCAAAAUGUACAUUCCUGGUUAAAGGGACACUUCAGAUUGUUGAAGUGCUUCAUUUUUAACCAUAUGUCUUUUUUUUUCUUUCAUUUUUCAAGAUUUGAAUAGAAAUUGGCACUUCUAUACAUUAACCUGGUUCCACCCCCUGGCUAUCAGACAAACACUCCUGUAACUUACUGGCAAUUACCCAAGGCACCUGCCUUGCAAAGACCUCCGUGAGCUACAUUGGGAGGUCUGUGAUUGGACAGACACAGAAAGUCUGGGCUGGGUUAGAAGGGGAGGGCUUCCAAAUGUUAUAAUGAUCACAUAACUAAGGGCUGUGCUGUUGUGUUUUUUUGUGUGUUUUUUUUUUUUUUUUAUCAGCUGUUACAUACUUGCUUUUAACAGUAAUAUUCUUGUUUUCUAGCUCUUUUGACCCUUUUCAAUUAAUCCCUUGCGCAUCUUUUAAUGAAGAGAAACCGGUAAAUAUAAUUCAUAGCACUUAACCCUUUUGUGUUCUAAGUUUACCUGACAUAUAAUAAAAUUUACAAAACUCAAAUAGUUUGAAAAUGUAGGACGUAUCAGGAAAUGAGGGAAAAAAAGAAAGAAAGAAAGAAAAAAAAAGUAUGCUUAUGUAUAUCCCCAUCCUUUCAGGCAACCCAUUGGAUUUAUAGCAGUUUGAAUUUUAACGAAAAUCUAGCACUAAUUAUAAUCAACUGAGGAAAUCCUGAAUAGCUACACAUUGCUUACAGUGUACGAUAUUGCAAUCUAAAAAUAAUACAUUGUACGCUAGAUAGAAAGAAAUAGGACUGACAGAAAUAUCAGGGUGUAACCCCUAUAAUGAAUAUAAAAAUACACAAAGAAAAAUGAAAGGCAGCCUAGAAAGUUAAUAUUAAAACAUAACCUUUACUAAAUUCUGUAUGCAUAUAAAAUCAGGGAAUUCUAAAAUAAAGGUACCAAUGUAAUGAAUAAAACCCUAAUCAAAUGGAAGUAAACAUAUCCUGCCACAAAUACAUGUUGUUUGAUGUAAUGCUAAUGACAGUAGCAGGGAAAUCAAGGCUUGCCGUUUCCACAUAAAACAAAUAAGGUUACACAUUGCAAAGUUUAUAUUCGUUUAUAUCAGACUAUCAUAAAAGUAGUAGGAAAAAUAGUAGAAAAUAACAGCAGGGAGGUAGCAAUUCAGAAGGAAAGUUAUGGCCGUAAGACUUAGUCCCUGAGUUGGCCUUCAGGGGCAUAGACUAAACAUCCCCAAUAAUGUUACAGUAUUCUGGAUACAAAAGGUUUGCUUGAAGAGCCUCAUGAUUGUCUAAACGAUCAUCGAAGCUCUGUUCUGCAGCCUGAUCUAUCGCUUUGCCCACACUGCUUACUUCAUAGCACAUGGAACGAUUAAAGUUCUUUGGAACCUGACCACUUUUUUUUUUUUUUUAAAACCUGUCAUCUCUUCCUUUUGUAAUGUAGCAAAGAAUUUCAUAUUUUGAAUUUACUAAAUUGCACUUUCUGUUUCAGGAACCAUUCAGAGUGAAAGUCGCAGCAGAAGUGAUGUUACUAUUAGAUUUGGUAAGAAUGCUGUGUUUGAUAAUGCUGGUAGCCUGUUCUGUACACCAGGGGUUCCCAAUUAAUUUUUCCCGUGGAACCCUUUGACACAGUAUACCAACAUCAAGGAACCCCCGAAAAAAAGAUUGCGCUGUAGCACAAACCUUUUAAUAAGUGGCUUUUUUAUUAUAAUUUUCAAAUAUUUUGCUCAUAAACUGUUUAGUCUUAUGAUAGUCCUGAAGCUUUCACUUAAAAAAGGCAAUGUCUUUAUCUUUGUACUCUCCGUGGUUUUGCUCAAAAUGACGACGUAAUUUAGCAGGUGCUAACGAACUGUUUGGCAAUAUUUUCUUGCAAAGUAAGCAUUGUGCUUGAGGUAUCUUUAUUUCUGGCAAAAAAAUCCAAAUUUUAACUAGCUGUCCUCAUAUUUCCUUUUCUUUGUUUGAGAAGAAGAUUGGGUAGCAUUUUGUUCUUUUCUUCUUUUACAGAUUUCUACUGAAAAAAAAUAAAAUAAAAAAUAUACAUAUAUAUAUAUAUAUAUAUAUAUAUAUAAAAUUAUAUGUAAAUAAGUAAAAAAAAAAUAAUAAUUUAAAAAUUGCAAAAAUCAUGUGGAUACUCUCAUUUCACUCUCAGUUAUUUUGUAGUUAGAAGAAACUACAGCUACUCCCAUGAACACUGUAUGUCACUAUGCAAGUAAGCCUCACUUCAACCAAAAGUCAAACACCUGCUCUUGUGAGAACAGUAGGGAACUACAUGGAGCAUUUAUCAAAAUAAAUUUGAUAUUGCACUUGGAUCAAUAUGCCAAGUCAGUGUAAGGCAGCCAAUUACUUGAGCCACACAUGCACUGACACCAAAUGUCAAAGUUUAGUUGAUCAGGAUGGGGGGAGGCGAUAAUAAUAAAGAGAAAUGUAAGUGGUAGAUUGCAGAAAAGACAUAUCCCCCAAAAUAUUCACUAGUCAUAUCUAAUAAUUUAUUUAUAAAUACAAAUUUAAAAAAUCUUGAACUUUAAUGUUCUCAUUGAACAAUUCUUAUACUUUGGAAAUUAUUCACUUAAUAGUGAAUUGUAGUGAGUUGAAAAUUUAGGCUAAAAUCUGCAAGUUCCGUGUUGGACUGUAGUGUGGGAUGACCAGCCUAUAAUGCUAAUGGUGUAUGUUUCCUUUAUAAUGACGGACGUGAGAUAAAAUCUCAUUCAGCCCUUUUGUGUGCACUAUAUAUAGAGCUAGCUAUUUUUCUUUGUCCACUCUUGGUCUGUAAGUUUUUGGCUCAUGUUGACAACAAAAAUAUACUCCCUCAAAACAUAUAAAUACAGAAUCACACCACUUGGCUUGUGUAUAGUAACAAUGCCUCUCCAGAUAAGUAGAGAUAUGUGCACAGUGUUGAGUUUCAAAACAGCAGUAAUGGAGGUCUGUGCAAGAGAGAUACGCUAGUGGGGAGAUGAGGAAAUAAAUAGAGCGACUCUUGGAAUAGAGAUGGUGUGACAAAUUAAGAAAGAGAUGGAGUGAUAUUGGAGAAAAGAAAGGGUUAGCUUAACACUAGGGGAGAGAGGAAUGGGAGAAUACUGAAGGAGAAAGGAGUAAAAGAAUACAGGGAGGAAAGAGGAGGAAAGGAAUCCUGGGAAGAGAGAAGAGUUAAUGAAUGCUGGGAGGAAAGAGGAAUGAAGGAAUACUGGGCUGGGAGAAAUUCUUACCUUAAAUGACCCUUGACGAGCUGACACAGGGCAGGCAUGCAUAAGUGUGUGGCAAUCUCUUUAUAAGAUCGCGGCCGCACAAUCUCUGCUGUUUCCAACCCUCGGGGAACAGCAGGUCGUGGCGGCCAUCUUGGAUGGAGCGACUCAUGGCAGAACCCCAAUUUUUGGAACACCAAUUGGGAAACGCUGCUGUACACUAUAGCCUCACCUUUCUUGUAUACUGUUGGCAUAUCUUGUAUAUGUGGGAAUUGGCAGAUCCGGUCUAAUACUGGAUAUCAUGAACUCCUUGACACCCAGACUUCAUCUAUCACUCAUCCACAUACAGCACCCAUCUUUCACCAACGUUACACACACCUUAGAGGUAAAAUAGAGAACCCACACGCACCAACACCCAAGGCUAAGGUUGUGCUGUACUUGUGUUUUUAAAGCCUGUUAUGUGUAUGUUGGGCAAAAUAUGACAUCCAGAUAUUGUGCAAUAUGCUAUUAUCUAUUUAUUUUUUGAGUGGGUAAACAAAAGUAUCAGAAUCCAAUUUCAGGGCGAUCUAGGAUGAAGUGUGUCAAGCUGAAUGGAAUCAGCAUAUCCUACAUGCCACCUGUCUUCUUUUUUGUUCAAAUAUUCUGAAUGCAUCCUGAAAGGAUUCCAUUGGGCAAAUGUUAAUGUUAUGGCUGUCUUGUUUUUAAGCACGCUCAUGUGUCCAUGGCAGAAGUGAUCGGCUUACUGGGAGGAAGAUAUUCGGAAACAGAAAGUGUUUUAGAAGUAAGUGUUAUGAUUUCUGCCACAAUCUAGAUUAAAUCAUGCAGUCUCAGAGUUGCUUAGAUGUAGAAAGUCAUUGUGGAGCUAAAAAAAAUGACUUUAAAUAAAAAAUACCAAAAAAACCAUUUAAAUUUUCUCAUUCCGAUCGUAUGUCCCACCCGUGGGACGUAUGAGUAACAUACAAGUUUGAUGAUCGCACGGCUCACCCAGAGGGACAUAACGUUAUCAGAUAAAGGCAACUUGAAAAAAAAACACACCGACAAAGUGAUUUCUCUAAAUAAAUUUAGAUUAUUCUCUAAACAGCAAAUUGUAGUGUUUUGUUGCAGAUUUGUUUUUCAAAUUUGCCAUUUUUGCAUAAAAGUUGCAGUUCAGUUUCAAUUUUGUUACAAUAGAUGUUUAGUAAAUCAGCCACCAAGUAAAUUAGGGGACAUUCUGACAUGUUGAAAUCCGAAGCUGACAGAUAUUUUAAAAUCGAAUAAAACCCUGUUUUUUCACCAAUUUAGUUGCAAGUGCCUGACCGUCUCAUGGGGCAAAAUUUUGCAGUGCAUUUAAAUGUUAUGGGAGCAAUGUAUUGCUGCAACUAGAAGUGACCGUGACACAAUUUAUAUUCAUGCAUAUGUGAUAACAGAGACAAAAUAAAAUAAACAUGGCUUUUCAAAAUUAAAAAAAUACAAUUACUCUUUUUUUUUUACAUUUAUUUUUGUGGUGUGGUUUUUAAUAAUUACAUUUUAAUGCUAUAAUUCUACAUUCAGGAUUGUAUCUAGUUUAUGCCCAAUAGUGUAGCAAUUCAUAUUAAAACAUUAAACUAUGGCAUAGAUGCAUAAGCUGCAUGUUUAAUCAGGAUCGGAUAGAUCUAUACAUUUGUUAGCAAUGUAAUGAUAAAAUGUUAGUGCCUCCAUGUCCAAUUUGCAUAAUAGCAGGACUUUAACAGAUGGCUUAUGUGGUUUCUGUACAGAUCUGGGCAGCUGAACCAUGCAACAGUCUUAGCACUGGACUUCAAUGCGAGAUGGAUCCAGUGUCACAAACGCAGGCAUCAGAGGCCUUAGCAGAACGAGGAUACAGCAUUAUCGGAUGGUACCAUUCACAUCCGGCCUUUGAUCCCAAUCCAUCCAUCCGUGAUAUUGACACACAGACUAAGUAUCAGGUAUGGAACAGGCAAAAUCAAUCCAGUUUAAAUAUUGUCUGUUUUAAUCAAUGGCAUUGUGGCAUCACUAUUGCUGAAAUUAAAGUCGGUUAUGGAUAUCCAAUAAGCUGAGAGCAUGACUGAUUUACUAAUAUGAUCUUUAAAGGAAUAUUUUAAACAUUUUUUUGUUUGUUUGUUUUUCACCUUAUAUGGACAUUCCACUACUGUAAGUAACCCCUAUUUUGUAAUACAUCAUAUAGAUAACAGUUUAAAAUAAAUUAUGCUAAUGAGUACAAAUUAAACAAAGAAAAAAGGAACCUUUAAAAGGGCCCUCCAGACACCAAAAUAACAUUGAUGCUCUAGGUUAAACUGUUACUUUUCUCCAGCGCCGUGCUCCCUCGGCACUGGGGAUCUCUGAAACUGCUAUGUUUACAGCUGCAGGGUUAACCCUAGAUGGACCUGGCACCCAGGCCACUUCAUUUAGCUGAAGUGGUCUGGGUGCCUAUAGUGGUCCUUUAAGUGAGCUGGGCUACAGGAAAACAAACCAGCAUUACAAUGAGAUGAAACCCAGGAAGACAUAUGUUCUAUCCCUACAUGUCUGUCCCCUUGUUAGCCACCGUGCACAAGUCUACUAUAUGGUAUCUCCACUCCCCAAUUGUGUGUGUACUAGGUUACGUAAUUUCUGCUUAAUAGAUCACUAAUACAGAUUGUUUAGUUCAGGUAACUAAUAUUAAACACUUGCUUAUACGUGUCACUUUGCAACGAUAACCUUCUUCUUUUACUAUUCGUCAUGAUAACAAUGUAAUAUUACUCUCCUCUUACAGAGCUAUUUUUCUAGAGGUGGAUCAAAGUUUUUGGGAAUGAUCAUAAGCCCUUACAAUCGCAGCAACCCUCUUCCUCAAUCCCAAGUGUCUUGUCUCAUUAUAGGAGAUGAUCUUAGCGCAGACGGCUCUUACAGUAUGUACAUUAUUUUAUUCACUUUUCAUAGUCUGAAAUGAUUGUAAAUCAUGUUGUCUUGUUCCUCUAUUACACACGCUUGUUACAAAUGUGUAAAGUUAUCCAUUGAAACCGUGUUCAAGCCAGUCGUGUGCAAAUAGUUUUACUCAUUAAUGGAACACUCCACAGUGCUAAUUAUUUUCUUUUAAUAAAUAUCACUGUUUAGUAAUUAUACCUACCUACAUGCAUGCAUGUAUUCAUUGGAGUUAUAUCUUAAAAGAGCUUGUGAAAACUGUAGUUAUUAUGAACUGCUGCUUUUCAGUCUCUUCACAGGGAAAUAACCUCAUUGAGAAAGAAUGCUGGUCUUGAUCUAGGCUCUGUGAGUAGGAAUGUAAGGGAGACAGGCACGUUCAAGUAGAGCUUGCCUGCCGCUUCUGUUAGCUCAGCUGAACUAACGUAAGCAAGAAGUUAAAUAUCCCUGACUGUUUGAUUGACAGCCUUGAAGUGACUUUCAGUAUUUAAUGAUAAACGUGAUGAUUUCACCUACAACGCUUCACUUUUAUAAAGUGCCUUUUAAGUUAGAUACUCUUCACUCAUAAAGUGCUUCAGCAAGCUGAAUUGCUUUAUUGGUUUGGAGUGGUCCUAUAAACCAUUUAUUUUGGCAAAUUUAUAUAUUUUACUUGAGUCAGAACGUAGGGCUUUAAUUUAGCAAAUAAAGGACCUUUGAAGUGCCACCAUCCAGCACACAGCUACACUGGGUACAUAAGAUAUAUGGAUGGGUAGGGACUUAUGGGCCACCUUGUAAAACCAUGACAUAAUUAAGACAAUUUGUUGUUCACAAAUGUUAUGUAAGUAGGCUAUGUAAAUAGUUUACAAAUGCAGAUUGUUUAUAUCGGGUAAAAUGAUUUUUUUCUUAUUUUAUAAUACAUUUUAUACCAAGAUUGAAUAUACAAUAUGCGCCAGAAGCACUCUGGAAUCAGAGUAAAAACCCAUGUUGUUUUUUUUCAUUGUAUGGUUUCUUAAAGGGAUACUCUAAGCACCAAAACAACUUAAUGAAGUUGUUUUAGUUAUAGAUUACGAACAUGCAGUCUCGCUGCUCAAUUCUCUUCCAUUUAGGAGUUAAAUCACUUUUCUUUCUGUCCAUGCAGCCCUAGCUACACCUCUCCUGGCUGUGACUCUCACACUCUCCUGCUAUGUUAAUGUAACUGUGAUCACACACAGCAGACUAAAUUAUAAUUUAAACAGACUAUGCAAUAAAGGAAGUUUAAAAAUUAGAGCUCUUGACAGAAAACAUGCAUAGAAACUGCGUAGGUCACAUGAAGGGAGGUGUGACUAAGGCUGUAUGAACAAAGUGACUUAACCUCCUAAAUGGCAGAGAAUUUAACAGUUAGACUAUACAUUAAAACCACUCAAUUACGCUAAAUUUGUUUUGUUGUUUAUAGUUUCUCUUUAAAUUAGCAAAUUUGGCUUUUACUUCCCCACAGUUCACCUUUUAAUGAAUGAAGCCUAACAUUUCAUUUAAAACAGGCUUGAAUCCUAUGUCAUGGAAAAGGAGUGAGUUGAACUUUAUUUAAUAAAUACAAAAGUGAUUGUCAGAGGUAUUGCAGAUAAAGCGGUAUCUUUAAUUUGCUUCCAUUUUCUGUAAAUACAGAUUUCAGAUCAUACCGUCCCUUUGAAUAAUCCUGUUUCAGGUAAACCAGCCCAUAGAGCAGAGGGUGGCCAAAAGGUAGACCCCACCAACUGAUUUGCGAUUGUCAAAACAACAUGGCAAUUGUGGUUUUACAACAGAUGGGCUUUAGUUCCAAUUGCAUACUUAUGGGUUCCUGCGCAGGAACAGCAAAUGCUCAAAGUGUUUUGUUUUUUGUUUUUUUAUCAAUACUGUUUGUUAAAUAUCUUUUUGUGGCUUUCUAAGAAUAAAUGCUUUCUCGCUUUUUUGUCCUGACACAUUCUCUAAAGUCUCCACUGUUCAGAACAUGAUCGUCCUUACUGUGAAACAUUGAAUAUGUUUGUUAGCCAUGAAUGCAUUCAGAAUCUGAUUAAUGAGGCUGCUAGCAUUGCUAACAUAGACCGCUAAUUCAAGUUCAUGGCUUUUGUCUCCCAGGAAUCCCCUACAAAUUUGAAGUAGAACACCUGCCAGGAGAACCUCAGUGGGAUCUAGUGUUUGAAAAGACAAGAUGGAUAAUUGAGAAGUACCGAGUAUCCCACAGGUGUGUGUGACAGAUCCUCUGUCUCUGGGUAUAAAUCUAUCCUCUGGUUCAUCUGUUUGUUCACCUAAAACCUCUUUCAUUCCCUUUCUGCAAAAUGGCACUUCGGAUACAGUCGAAGUGUCGGAGCAGUCAAACACGUGGCGGCGGCCAUCUUAUUUAGGCGAACAGUUACCUUCCAUAGAAAUUCGACAAUUCAUUCGAUUAGUUGAACGAUGGUCAGUGAAUCGAAGCCCAUUAACAAGAGACACACUUUAAGUAUGGCCAUUCACCAUUCCAUUCAGUAAUUCGAACGGUAAUUCGACUGUUUUAAAUAGACCGGCCGCACAGCCUUAUUCUAUGGAACUGUUUUGGGCAUGAAAUCCUGUGUUUGCUUGGGCAAAACUAUGAAUUCCAUAGAAUUGCUGAACCCCUGAUCUGAUCUGGGUGAUUUUUUGGAUAUGUUGUUCACCCAGAUCAGUGCUAUCAGGGAAUGUAAGAUUUAUGGGCAUAUGUUGUGUUUUGGGGUACUUAUUGGACUUUGUAAAAAUGUGUGUGUUUUUUCUGCCUCUGGAUAAUUAAGUUAACGCAUGGAAAAUCCAAUCUGUGCCAUUAAACCUUCUGUUCCUGUUUGACCCUCAACACGUAGUCUUGUCUCGUGAUUGGAGGGGAACUGCUAUACAUCACACUGGGAAUUGCUAUACUUUAUAUACUUCCCUGGGCUUUAAUCACUUAGCUCUUUUAAGAGCUGUUCCUGUUACGCUCUCCUGGAGGAGAGGUCUCUUCAACACAGUCCUGGAUGUCAGAGGUUGGUCCAGGGUGGAAGGAAGACUCCAGUUAAGCUAUGGUGGUUGUGGAGUCAUUGGUGGUUGUGGUGUCCGGUGCGGUGCUUAAAGUCCUCGACGUCAGCUAGGGAGCAUCUGUUAACAGAGGUGCCCAGUCGGGGUGCCAGGUGAUCUGUUACAGUGUGUUUACAUCACCCAGAUGUGUUCUUUUCAUUCUCGUGACGUAAACCAAACAUUUGAGGAUACGUUGGUAUUUCAUUGGAUUUCCAGAACAAUCAAAACAUUAAGUUGAAGGACACACACUAGACACAUUAAGGUUGUUCACAGUGCAGGGUCAUUAUCUGAUUGAUAAUGUCAGAAGUAAGUGAAUUUUUCAUGGUAAUUACAGUCCAAAAAUAUCACAACUUUUUGUAUGCUAGUACCUCUGCCAAAGUUAAAAAUCUUUAUCAACUUAAAGGGUUAUUCCAGACUUCAUAACUACUACAGCACGCGUUGGUGGUUAUGAUGUGAGGAUUACUCUGUUCCAAUUUUCCAAUAAUGGUGCGAACAGUGUGUAACCCUCUUACCUGGGACCCCGCUGGGCGCCAAGGGUCCUCUUAAUGUGAUGACGAGCAUCUAUAGCUUCUGAAGAGCGGGUGAAGACUGUCAAUCCCAAUGGCCAUUCAUUGGCUGAGAGCGUCAGCUGACUGCUGUCAGCCAAUGAACACAACUCUGUGCAUAGAAAUGUGCACAGGAUUGAUAUUAGUCAUCUGGGAACUCUUGUUUCCGGCUGGCUAAUGAUGCCUUAUUGAACGCUGCCGGAGUUGGAGUACACCUUCAGCAGCAAAGGAGCUAAACUCUGUAUGUGCAGCGUUUCAUAGUGAAACUCUACAUAUUAAGACUCCAGGCGCUAUGACCUCUUCAAAAUACUGAAGUUGUCAUGGUGAUUGGAGUAACCCCUCAACUUCAAUUGUCACUGUUGAUUAUAUGAUCUCAAGGUCAAUACUAUAAGGUCAUAAAGUUUAUGACAAAAAAUGGUCCAUUUUGGGAACCUCCCCUUUAUAGUGCAGUGGUGAGCAUAUUCGGUGUGUGUGUCAUUAAUCUGUGCUCCAAUUCGCCAUGAAAUGCCUGUACAUUUCUUAAAGUACGUUUAAAAAAGGACAUUUUGAGUAUAGCGUUCCUGAGUGAUGUCUUAUCGAUUUUGCUAUGUAAUUUUGUUGUUGCAGUACUUAUGACUGCAUUAAUUCAACAACGAGGACUUGUUGGUAAAACAAUGUUGUUUGCAAACGUCGUCAACUUGUUUGUGAUGUUUGUUCUGCACAUACAGUAAUAGUUGGUUGAAAAGUGUUUUGUGAGGUCUAUGAAGUCCUUUGUUUUUUAAUUUAGUAAGUGUCUGUGUCUGGAGCAGUACAAUGUGCACUGGCCAGCUCCAUACACAGAAGAGCUUGUUGUAUGUUCUAUGGAACACAAGCCGUACACAGAAUGCAGGGCAGGAGACUGACAUGUACUUGUCACCACUGCUCUUAUUUUGGUAAAUUCUGUGAGUAAAUAGACAUAUAGGAUGCUUGAAUGUGAAGAAUCACAGAGACCACUGUUUACAAAAAAAAAACGAAACAUCCAACUCAGCUGUUUGUCUAGCUAUUUUGGCCAAUGUAUCAAAUUCCCUACUCAAUUCCUGGUUUAGUGAUUACUAACCGGUUUAGAUUUUAUCCCAGUCAUACUGCUAGUUAUGCUUAGGGUAGGGGUCUGCAGCGGAGAGCUAGUCUCUCACAGACUAUCUCCGCUGGUAAUCCAAGUGAGGCUCAGGAACAAGUAGUAAAACCCAAGAGAAUAAUAUCCACGGUUAAUAAAGUAAUCCAAAAGUAUCCCAUCACUUUUCCCAAUGACUGGACGAGACACAGCAUCAGGAGCAGAACUGCAGGUUUAUCCACACACUCAGCUUUUAAGCAAUUCUCCCAUGCCACCCACCCAUCUCCUACCCUCAGUAUGACACAUAAUCCCAUUAUGCAGGACACAUUUCUCCCUUUUUUCUGGAUGUACCCCCAAUACUAGAGAUGCAACUUUAAAUGUUACAUCCCCUGAUAGCCCUGAUCUGGGUGAACAACAUACUGAAAAAUCACCCAGAUCGGAUCAGGGGUUUGGGAGUUACAGGGGUAUGUUUGUAUGACUUACCGCACAGUAGGUAGUAGCCGAAAUUAGAUCCACACGUUUUGGCCUUGCAGUCGGUCUACUUUCAGAAGGUGUCCGAAUUGUGUUCCAGACACUCGACAACCAAACACUGUGGGAGAUAAAUGAGGGGCACACUUCACUCUAGGGAGGUCUGGUUGUUCGGUAGUUUGUUCGUAUGUCGAAUUGAGGAGUUUUUGCCGAACAACCAGACGAAUGCUACAUACAAUAGAUAGAAACACAGGGAAAACAGCUGAAAUAACAUUGUAACAAUAAAAACCUCGGGACAGCCCAAUGUAAUCCGCUACAGGGCCUGUUUGCUGAACUUUGAUAUGUAGCAAGUUGAAAUCCAAAUGACAAAGUUUAGUUUAAAUUAGCCAAGUUAUGGUAUAGCAGAAUUUGAGACGAGUGUCCAGUUCAGCUAUUUUAGCAUAAUUACUGACGUUCUGUUUUUAAUUUGAUACAAUUUGGAGUUUGGUGAAAAAAACUCUGUAUAGUUUUAUGCCAAGUGUUUGUCAUUUACCAUGCUCGCUAAUCUUACUAAAAAUCGUGUUUUUACUAAUGAUUUGUUCUCUUGUCAAGCAGCAGUAUCCCGAUGAACAAAAGGUUUCGACAAGACUGUGAUCUGACUUGUGUACAGAAGGUAAGCCGUGUUUGCCAAACACAAAGGGAUCUGCUUAUUUAUUUAUAGCAUCAGUGAUUGACUACCGUAAACAUACUACUGUUUCAGCUAGUCGCCUGCCUCUAGGUCUGCUUUCUCCAAAUUAAAUCCGCCACGUUCAGACUUAAACUUAUUAAUGUGUUCAUGGCCAUCAAAUAGAUUGGCAAGUGCAUCUCUCUGAAAAGUUGGUUCUACUUUAUUAAUAACAAAUUACUGACUGUACUAACAUGUCCACAUCAAACAUUACCCAGUGUCUCUAUUCCAUGUUUGUUCACAACUGUAAGCACAGUCGCCGUGUCUAAUAAACAUGGCAUUUUGCAUUACUUUCUUUUUGGCUAUAUAUGCUCUGACCCUAAAGUAGCACCUAAGCAGAUGGAUUGCGGCCUUUUGCAUUUUAUAUUGUAUAUAAUAUCAUAUUUGUGGACCGGGCUUAUUUUUUUGUGCAUAGGGAUUACAGGGUGUGGGGGUGUCUUUUUUACGUAUUCCUGACCCUAUAGUGUUAAUACCACCAUCUUGCCCUCCUAAAUAUGUCAAAAUCUUACUUUUAUAGUCUGCUGCUGCUGACUCUGCCCCUUAUCUGCCUGCUUGGCUGACUUCAUCAGAAGUGUUGUUCUGAGCCAAUCACAACGCUUUCACAUACGAUUGUCUGAAACUGUCAAUGAUGCAAAGCCACCACAAGCCAAACACAGCCAUGGCCAAUCAGCAUCUCCUCAUAGAGAUAAAUUUAAUCAAUGCAUCUCUAUGAGAUGCAUUGUCUCCAUGCAGAGUAACCAUCUGAGGAGUGGCCACUGGAGGUAUCCCUGGGCUGUAAUGUAAACACUGCAUUUUCUCUGACAAGACCCUGUUUACUGCAGAAAGCCUGAAGGGAAUUACUAUACCGAGAAGAACAAAUACAAUAAGCUGUAGUUGCUCUGGUGACUAUAGUGUCCCUUUAAGCAGUCGUGAUGUGCUGCAGGAGAUACUUUUUUGUUUUGUAAUUUUGAGUUUGUUUCUGUUUUGUAUUCAUCUUCCUGUGAAAAUGCACUGUAUUAGUUACCUUAAAUUAUCUUCAAGGGAUCUGCAGAUUCAUUUUAUCCAGCAGGUGGAGCCAGAUCUACUGUUUAGUGCAUUAAAAAGCAAAAUGAAUGCACUAAAUAUAAGAUUUCUCCCUUGUGUUAAUAACUGAUACGAUUUCGUUUAAUACAUAGUAUGUUUUAUUGCAAAGUGAUUUUGAUAAUUGCAGAAAGGUUACUUCCUUUUUCUCAAUAACGGAUACUAUUACUUUUAAUACACUGUAUUUAUUUAUAUGUAUAUGACACACUAACAGAUUGAUUGUGUUCUCCUGACAGCUAUUGUCCUGUAUGAAAAGAACAUUAGGAAACACAGCCCACCCUGAGGUUACUGAAGAAUUUCUGAAUCGAAUAGAAGAUUUAUUUCAUACCAGCUAUCAAAGUUUUAAGGAUUUAAAAGAAGAGGAGGAGGCUCAAAGAACUUGUGAAAAAAGUAGUGUCGCAACUGUGUCAGAAAGUGAUAAUUUCUUUGAAGACUAGCCCAUGCAAUCUGGCUCCUGUCUAAAGAUUUUGUGCAGCAACACUCCGUGAUGAAAUCGAGCAAACUUUUACAUCUGGUUUUACUGGUAGACAUAUCAACACAUUCAAAAGAGUAACUGAAGAAGUUGGUUUGAGCAAAAAAAAAAAAAAAUGGAUCUUAAACAUUGAGAAUAACGGUCUUUCCAGCCCCUGUCUGACAAAAUCCCAAAUGAAGUUUGCCAAAAUGUUCCCUAUUGUAUAUAACCAUGCGUUCUCUAAGGUCAUUACGUGGCAGAGACUUAGCACUUGCUCAAUUUCUACUUUCCAGCUCAUUUCCAAGAAAUAUUGUAAUGUUUUCAAAUUAACAGUGUAAAAGCCUGAUCUUAUUCUGCCGGUGACCUGUUUGUCUCACCCUAGUACAGUUGCUGCACAAAGGGUUGGACAUCAGAACUGGCAGUCAUCGAUAUGGUUUUAUAAUCAAAUAACCAAGUGGCACUCUGCAACUGGUGAGGUUUUUAAAGGAGAUCUGUUUCCAUUCCAAAUGUUUAGCUACUGGAAGUUUAAUUCACAUGAUUGAUCCACCCGUUAAUUUAUUACAAUGAUUCUAUGGGUAGUUGAUACCAUCCGCACAAGGGAGCCUAGUCCAGGAGUGUCAAACUCGAGACUCCCAAUUGUUGUCCAGCUGUAACUCUCGUAAUUCUCUGCAGCAAAUAUCUAAGCGUUAUGGGAGUUGUUGUCUGACAAUAACUGAUAACUGCAUCUUCCACAAUUCCAUACCACCGACUUCACUGAAGUUUACGAAGGAGUAAAUGAUUUGGGCACAUUGUAAUCAUACAAAUCAAGGUUAAUAAUCAAAAUAAGUAGGCAUGUUUUAAUUGUAGUCUAAAUGUCGUCAUCUUGAAAGAACUAUGAACAGUCUGGGGUUUAUCGAUCAACACAUAGGAACAGCCUUUUGAACUCUUGGUGUUCCUCAAAGACUGCUUAGAGAAGCAAUGUUCUCAUUUGUGGUCUUGGGAUGUCAGUCUCGUAAUAUUAGAAAUGAGGCUCAUCGACCGAACACAACCAUUAUGCAUUCCUGAGAAUAUAUUUUGCUGUCCUGUAUGAAGUUAGGCAGAUGUAUAUCUUUUGUGUACAGUUUACCUGAUAUAUCGUGUUGACCUUAAUGCUAAUUAUCAAACUAUAAAUAUUUAAGUGUAUUAAAUACCAUUUACAGAAAAUAUUAUCACUUGCAUAAUUUUUUAGAUUUUUUAACAUUGCUGCUAGAAACCCAACAAUUUAUUUAAAUACUUAAAUGGACACUGUAG